AUGUCAUCGAAGGGCAGUGUAUGUGAAGCAUGUGUUGUUGUGUUGGGUGUUGUGGUCGUGGUGUGGAUGACAUGUCUGAUUGGAUGCGUUCAAGUGAUGGAAACCAAUACGAGAAGUGAGACAGCGGUGAACGCCAAGACUGAGUCAGACAUCUCUCUCUGGAUCGAUGAGAAACAAGUGAAACAAUUCUUCAGCGGAUUUCCUCUCAAAAUCUAUGCCAUUUUGGAUGGAAAUGUAUUGCCGUAUGUCUUGGAUCCCAAUUUCGACAAAUAUCUGCCAAUACUUCCGUUUGAAGUGCAGUCCGUGAACCUGACGUGGAGGUCAGGCGACCACAACACCUAUGCCUACGACUUCGACCAAUUGGUCUCUUAUAACCACCAAAUACUCAGUCAACCCAUCCUUUCCAUUGACUCCAAAGGAAAGGUCCCGAAGAGACCCAAAGUAUUUCAAGUGUUUAUCCCAUGUGUCGGAAAUGUCAGUGGAAUCGCUGCCUUCACUAUCGGCUUAAGAAUAAUCAACUCCGAGACCAAUCAGAAUCUCGUGGGAACUCCUCUGCGACUCAAACUACAGAAACAAUGCGCCGACAGAACACCUGAUCCAGAAUGCGAUAAGAAGUGUGGAAAUGGCAAAUGCAACCAAAACAAGAUCUGCGAAUGUCCUACAGGUUUUUUGGGGAAGUUCUGUGAAUCAGCCUUAUGUUACCCGCAAUGUAUGAAUGGAGGGACUUGUGUGGCUCCGGGUGUUUGUUCCUGUGCUCAAGGAUUUCAAGGCUUUUAUUGUGAAGGCGGUAUUUGUGGUGAGAAGUGCUUAAACGGUGGUAAAUGUAUUCAAAAGGACAUGUGUUGGUGUCGUCGCGGUUAUUACGGGCCCCGCUGUGAAUACUCGAAAUGUGUGAUCCCGUGCCUCAAUGGGAGCCGUUGUGUUGGAGUGAAUCGGUGUCGGUGUAGGCGAGGGUUCAUUGGUUCUCAAUGCGAGUCCAUUAGCGACGACAAGACUGACAGGACUUCCAAUUCAAAGCCAACUGUGAAGAAGAAGCCGCGCAAGAAAUUUGUUUGACAUUUAAUAGAUUAAUAUAUCUGUUAUAUUAAAUCUAUACUCAUAUGAAAGAGCUGUGAUUUAAACGAUAUUCGUAUCUCUUGUCAUAACAAACGAAUCGUUAGUUUAAUAUUACGUCAAUUUAUGAUCACAACCUCCACAAGAAGUUAAGCCAAAUCUACACUUAAAUGUGAU